AUGCACCCGUGCAGCGGCACCCGGGGCCGGCCGGCCUUGUCGCAGCCCCACCGGCUUGCCCACAGCGAGUCACGGCGGGGGCCGCCUGCGCUCAGGGCCCGGGGCCCGCAUCGUUGCUUGGCGGAGCUCCCGGCGGCCACCGAGCCCGUCAGGGACCGACCCCAGCACCGCCGCCCCCAGCCGGCCCCAUCCGACCAGGAAAUGGGCUGGCACAGGAAGUCCCGGCGGGAGCACCGCCCCCGGCAGCGCGGACGACCCGGCCAGGCCGCCCUUCACACCACCACCCGCAGCGGAGCCACCGAAGAGCGCGGCCGCGGCCCUCUCGUCCCACAGCGCAGCGGAGGGACCCAAGCCCUAUGGCGGGCAGCGGGGAAGGGCAGGCGGAAUGGCGGCCGCGGCCCGGCCGCGCAGGGCACGCUGGGUAGCGGCGGGUCCCGCUCAGCCCGCGGCGGGAACUACAACUCCCGGCAUGCAGCGCGGCACGGCCCGCGCGGGCGGGGGGCGCCGGUCCGGUGGUGCCGCGGGACAGGGCCUGGUGCCGUGGGGUCUGUCGCAGCCCCGCCGGCGGCAAGUGUGGCUCUGGCGGUCCCUCGGAGAGCGGAGGGAACCCUGGGCCGUAUCCUCCCCACGCCGGGAGGGAUGGCCGCAGAAAUCCUGUCAGCGAGGAGCCUCGGCCUGCGCUUUGCCGCGGUGGUUUCCGUUUAUUUUAGAGACUGUGCCCUUAAACUUGGCACUUUCCUGUCAAAAUAA